UAUAAAUGUUCAGUUAUAGCAGAACUGAUAGGAAAGACUUCAAAGCAAGCAAGGUUAUUGGUGGAGCAGGUAUGGGAGACACCCAUUCCUAUAGAAUUCUUUAUGCAGGACCUGACCCAGCUGAUAAAAAUAGACUACUAAUAAAGAAGGUUUUCAGAACUAAUGAACAUACCUACUUCUACGAAGACAUUAGGCUAAAUGUGAAGGACAAGACUGUUCAUUCCAAGGCUCACAACUUGUUCAACGAUAUGAAGGAAAAUUUGACUGAAAAUGAGAUCACUUUGAGGAACCAAUACAGGACUCACAACUUGCUUGGCUUCUCUCUCUAUUGGAGAGAACUUGGCUCUGGAAAGAAUCAUAUGAGCAUCAUAGAGAACCACUCUUGGGUGCCAAACCAGUCAUGGAGCUUGUGGUUCAAGACCUUCUUUGCUAGAAGAGAUGCUUACAAUUAUUUGAAGGGAAGGUGGACAUGUCAUUAAAAUAUCAAUUUAGCAAUUUUCCAAG